AUGCGUUUCAACAAUCUUUUUGCUCUUACUUUGGGCGCAGGCCUCUGUCUUGCUACUCUAGUAUCCUCAAAUCCAGCAGCCAGUUUGGAUAUCGACGACUAUGAUCCAGCAGACGUCAUUUACCGCGACGUUGCCGUUAUUGGCGGCGGCUCUGCCGGCACUUACACGGCGGUCCACCUGAAAGAUCACGGCAAGAGUGUAAUUCUCGUUGAGAAAAAGGAAAAGCUUGGCGGACAUGCUGAGACGUAUGUUGCCCCCAACGGCUAUGCAAUCACCAUUGGUGUCAUUGUUUGGGGCAACACCAAGUUCGUCCACGACUACUUUGGCCGCUUCAACAUCACCCUCAAGCAGCUUCCCAGCGACCACAGCGGUGCGGGUGUCGGACAAUACGCCGAUUUCACCACGGGAAAACGCGUCAAUCACACUGUACCUAGUGACGCAGAGCAAGCUGCCGCCUUUGAGGCCUACCGCAAGCAGCUGGCCAAGUACCCCAGCCUCCAGGACGGUUUCCGCAUGAACUACCCUGUUGCCGAAGACCUACUGCUGCCCUUUGGCGAGUUUAUGAAAAAGUACAAGCUCGAAGCCUUUCUUAGUACCGUUUUUAUCAUCAACCAAGGCUACUCGCCGCUACUGGAGAUCCCAACACUCUACAUGUUCAAGUACCUCAACGACAUCCAGCUCGACAGCACAGCCAACGGGUACCUAAUCACUGAGGCCCGCGACACGUACCUCCUGUACGAAGCUGCCGGAAAAUACCUGGAUCCUUCCAACGUCCUGACUUCUAGUUAG